GGCUAUCACUGGCCAUGGUAAUCUUUCUCUACUGGCCUGGCAACCAGAGCAAUCGAAGACAAGGCGGGAGAGGUCUUUAUUCUUCGGGCCCGCCUUUAUUUGCAUUUUGCGAUAUCCCUGAUACAGUACUUUGUGCCGACCCAGAAAGAAAGCCGUCAGUGCUGUCACCACUUCAACUACUAGUAGAGCAUGAGAGAAUCUCUGUGUUCUUAAAUCUCUCAUUUUAUUUUUUAAUCAAUUUCGAUCAGUCAAUCCGCCAUGGCAACUGCUCUGUUACAGCACCCUAUGCUCGUUAAUGGUGGUUUUCAAAGGGAUGAAGUUUCGCUUCUGGGUGUCUCCAAAACCGCAAAUUUACGCUCAGCUACUACUACAAACCAUUUGAAAUUUCGGAAGAAGAGCCUUCAGAUCAGAUGCCAAUCAACUAGAACCGAAGAAAAGAAACCGAGAAGAAAUUUAUUUGACAAUGCGAGCAACCUUCUUACUAAUCUGUUAAGUGGAGGGAGUCUAGGAACGAUGCCGGUGGCUGAAGGCGCUGUAUCUGAUCUGUUUAGCCGGCCUUUUUUCUUCUCACUUUACGAUUGGUUCCUGGAGCAUGGUGCAGUUUACAAACUUGCUUUUGGACCAAAGUCAUUUGUUGUUGUAUCAGACCCCAUUGUUGCAAGACAUAUUUUACGUGAAAAUGCAUUUUCAUAUGACAAGGGAGUCCUUGCUGACAUCCUAGAACCAAUAAUGGGGAAAGGGCUUAUACCUGCUGAUCUUGACACUUGGAAGCAGAGGAGAAGAGUUAUUGCUCCUGGGUUCCAUGCUUUGUUCUUGGAGGCUAUGGUCAAAAUAUUCACUGAUUGUUCAGAGAGGACGAUAUCAAAAUUUGAGAAACUUCUAGAAAUAGCUAAGGCUGAGGUUGUUGAGUUGGAUCUUGAAGCAGAGUUUUCAAGUUUGGCACUUGAUAUUAUUGGUCUUGGUGUGUUUAACUAUGACUUUGGGUCAGUGACUAAAGAAUCUCCAGUUAUUAAGGCUGUAUAUGGUACUCUUUUUGAAGCUGAACACAGAUCUACUUUCUACAUACCAUAUUGGAAACUUCCUCUAGCAAGAUGGGUGGUUCCCAGGCAGAGAAAGUUCCAUAAUGACCUUAUGAUUAUCAACGACUGCCUUGAUGGACUCAUCAGGAAUGCGAAAGAGACCAGGCAGGAGACAGAUGUUGAGAAGCUACAACAAAGAGACUACUUGAAUCUGAAGGAUGCAAAUCUUCUGCGUUUCCUAGUCGAUAUGCGGGGAGCUGAUGUUGAUGAUCGUCAGUUAAGGGAUGACCUGAUGACCAUGCUUAUUGCUGGCCACGAGACAACUGCUGCGGUUCUUACCUGGGCUGUUUUCCUGCUUGCCCAAAACCCUUCCAAAAUGAAAAAAGCUCAAGCAGAAAUUGAUUCUGUACUUGGUCAGGGGAGAACAACAUUCGAAUGUGUUAAGAAGUUGUAGUAGGUCAACAAAGCCUUUAGUCCUGCUUACUAGUUAUAUGGACUGUACUAUGCAACAACAUUUUGAGUAAUCCCCUGUGCACAUAAAUGCAUGCUUGCAUUUGUAGCACACACACGCACGCGCACGCGCACGCGCACACGCACACGCACACGCACACGCACACACACACGCACACAAAUUAAUGUUCAUAAUUUUCUUCUACGUUACCUGAAUACUUCAAAUUAUGAGUCGAACCAGUCCCAGCUCUUCAUACAAGCCAAUGAGAAUGCAAGAAAUGGAAUCUUUGCCACACCAAAGUUGUUGCAUGUUCAUGUGGCAUAGGUUAACCCAUACAUUAUAUGUUAACUCAAGAAUGGUGAUCCUACAAAUGUGUUUUAAGCCCCAGCAAAGUUCAAUGAACAGAAAAAUGAUCCACCCUCUUGGCGUCCUGGUCCUAAAGGAAACAUUAUGUUGGCCAUUUGAUGUCCCUUGGGUGUCAAAUGAUUCACUGCAAAUGCUUAAUUAGAGACAAGCCUCCACAAAUAUGGAAAUGCCCAAUUUUAGGCAUCUCAAUGCUCCAAUUUAUUCACGUACUCAUCCCAUUAUAUGUAAACUGUUAUAGUCUUCCACUUUACGGGAGUAACCUUUCAAUAUUUUGCUCAUAUUUGUGUUGCUAUGUUUCUUUUCAAUUUUCUGUUAAUCUGUUUCUAUAGGUUCAAGUCUCUUGAAUUUUUUUUUGUCAAAUGGUGUUUAUUAGAAAAAAUGUAUUGGUUCCUAUGCUUUGGGCUGUUCUGAUUAUUAAGUAUAGGAUGAAGUCGAAGUGUUAAAAAUUUUAAACUUUACAUGC